AUGUAAAAUACCUGACACGAAAAGAAAUAUUCAUUAGCAUUGACGCUCAUGCUCAAAGCCAAUAUACCCGUUUUCAAAUUGCGAACAGAGAGUUCAGAAAAAAGCGGCAGUGAAAUGUUUUUUCUCUCGACUUGAACUUGAUGCGCGCCUUAAAUAUAAAAACACACAACGCUCAGAACAUUAGACGUGUUCAAGAGCUCGAUUUAAACGUAGCGCGUAAAAAAUUCAAGGAACUUGAAUUAAAAAAAAUUGCAAAUCAUUUAUUUAUAUUUAAAGAAUUAGAAAGUAUUGGAGUUUAUAAGACAAACAAUUUAAUCAAGGCAUAUUAAUAUAAAAUAUAUAAGAGAAAAGGCAACUGAACAAUUUUUUAAAGAUGUGUGCGACUAGUUUCAGAAAUAUGCUCCUCAGCUGCUGUCUAGCCCUAGUGCUGACCACAAGUCAAGCCCUGCCACGCUACAGUAAAAACUCGUAUAAGAGGAACUUUGAUCUGAGUGGCGCCAGCAGCGAGACCAUCCUUGCCUAUGCGUCCAAGCCACAACAGCCCAUGACACUGACGGACAACUACAACUUAAUUAGGCCCGAUUAUUAUGAUCACCAUCCGGCGGAGUCUAUGCAGCUGCAAAACUUUGCCAACUUCUAUGAGGCUGAAAUGAGUCCGGGCGCCGAUUUGGGCAUGGAUGAGUCACAGUUUCUGACCAGCACGCCCGUGCGCGAGCCACAGCCCAUCAAUGCCGAGGAGCAGCUUAUACGCAAGCAGCUACAUCCGGUGGACAUUAGCCGGGAGAAGAAGGCCUUGCAAAAGCUGAAGAAGGGCAACACGAAGCCGCGUGGCGCUGACUAUGCGGAAUGGGAUCAAUUUGAUUAUGAUCUUUAUAGCGUCAAUCCCGGCGAGAACAAAAAGUACAAUACGGAUUUCUAAAUCUGGCAGCGUUCGGGGCAAGUUUCUAGUUAUUUCCGAAUUUGUUCAUUUAUGUUUGUUUUCGUUAAGCACUGAAAUAAAUUAUUUAUUUA